UUGGGCCUGUGUAGGGGCGAGGCGUGUGGACUGGGCCUGUGAAACGGGCGGGAUGGAGUGGGGAAAAAGGUGGGCCUGAUGAAAGGAUCGGUCCGUGAGAAGGGAGGGUGAGUUGUGGUGUGAAAAGGGGAGAAAGAGGAAGUGGAGGUGAUUGGGGGUGAGGGGCAGUGGGUUCGGGCGGCGGGUGACAGUGGUGAUGGAUGAGGUGGAUGCGACUGGGCGGCAAUGGGGCUCGGGCGGCGGGCGACGGUGGGGCAGCACGGGUGGAGAUAAGGAAGAGGACACGAGCAAAGGCGAAGGGUGGAGCGCGACGGAAGGGAAAGAGGCGGGCGGUGGUAAGGGAGAGGAGAUGGAGGCGAUGAAAGAAGGAGGGGCGGCGGUGGAGUCCGGUGGCUGCGACCUACCUUCGCGCUCGACGCCGAGGAUGAGGGGACUCAGCGAGCUAGGCGGUGGUGGCGAUGGCACGGAAGCGGCGACGGGUGGGGCGAAGCAUGGUGGAAGGGCAGCUUGCGAGAGGUGGUGGGGCUCGACGGCGGUGAGAGAGAGGAAGCGGAAAGCGGCAACGGCGAUGCAGCGCGGGUGGAGGUGGAGCGGCACGGGCAGCGGCGGCAGCGGUGCUAGGGCGAUCAAAGAUGAACAGAGUAAGUUUAUGCUCCCUCGAGAAAACCAUAACUAGGUGUUAAAGUCCCUCAACCGCAAAUAGAAAGAAUAUAAGAGGAAGUUGAAGACGGAAUAUAAGAGCGAGGGUAUAACAGAGGAGGAGGUUGCUCGUGUUUGUCCUCCUGAUGUAUACCCUCAUCGGUGGAGGGAGCUUAUUCACUACUGAUUUUUCGAGAGAGGAUAGGUUGUGUAUACUCUCUCAAUACCUUAUAUUGUAUUUAUUAUUAGUAUAGAUUGCAAAUAUAUACAUUGAAUAUAUUAUAUUGUUUACUUUUUUUGGCAAACAUAUUCCGACAUUGGUAGAGCUGCACGAGCAUCUCAGGCAGUUCCUUAUACAUCAGGCUCUAAGAGUUAUGCAAGGCGUGGAGAUGAAUUCAUAAGUUUUUUUGAAACUCUUUGAAACUCUUCUAUCAUAUAUUAAUUCCUAUAGCUUGCCAAUGUACAUUUUAUCGUAGAUGAAAGGGCAUGAGAGGGAGCCUGGUGAGGUGGAGUUCUACCAGAUGACUCACACUCACCAAGACGGCAGCUU